UCCAUAACAGAAUGUAAUUUUUUUAAUGAAUUCUUUCUUUAUUAAAUUUCUUUAAUAAGUUCCUAUUUCUAAUCAUCUUUAUAAUUAACAUAUUUUCACCGGAAUGUUACAUAUAAACUGUAACAGUUACAAAGUACAUUUCGAUUAAUUGCACAAAAUAUCAUGAAACAUUAAAGAUGCAUAUAAAGUGUACUACACCAAGAGAGAUAUCUUUAAGAUUUCAGAAAAUGCUCACGUGCAUUGAUUAUAAGGAGACUGAACGAGUCGUGAUGCGAUAGAAACGCGAUGGUUCCGUAUAAGGAAUCCUGACGGUUUAUUCAUCAAGUCUUUAUACAAAUCUACGACUGAUUUCUUGCGGACAGUUGUUUAUUUUUCUUACUUUUCACAAGACCGUCCGCGAUUCAUCGCGGUUUCACCGACGUAAACGUUCCAGUUUGGGACUCUCGCGCGUCAGCCUUCCCGGCGAAUUAUCUGAUACCGAUCUGCCUAAAUACUUUCCUCGGAACUUUCUGUCAUCGCGCGGUUCUCCAGCAUCUAGGCUAGAUCGCGGUACCCUUUUCACCCUCCCCCUUCUUCUCCUUCUCCACCUCUCGCUCCUCGCAUAUCGCUCUCGCGAUCGCGACUCUCCCGCCGGUAUGACCGACAAUGAAAGUAGUCGUUUGCUACACUCGCGGACCAUUCUUCCUUUUUUCAGCGGCGUUAUGGUUGUUUUCGCGGUUAGCCGCGUCUAAGCCGACCCAAUUCCGGUUUCGAGUAGGCCAGCUGACCGCGACGCGGCCGGCAUCGGAAGCGUCAGAGGUACGAAGGAUCGAAGAUGACACUCGGUGACGCAACGCGUGACAUGUCCGUCGAUUCUGGUCCCGCUUGACAAUCGACUGAUUGAUCAGCGCACCGCGAAAAUCGACGGGAGCGCGUCGCGAUGCCGCGCAAAGAGAGACGCGCGCGCGUUUCUGGGUCGGCCGCGCCGCGCAAAAAAUCCUAGAUCGGUGAAAAUCCGGCGGAGGAGUCGGAAGCUGCUGCUCGUAAAACGGAAACUGCUGGAGGCGCGUUUCACUCGCCUGGACGACGAGCGGGCAUCAUCGGCGUCGCGGCGAACGACGCACGUGGAGAGGCCGCGAGCGCGCCGGAGCAAAAAGUGCAACGAGAGGUUUCUGGGCCGCGAAAGCGCAAAAAUCGGUAAACGGCCGAUUCUAUGUUCGCACCGUGGGAUUCCCCCCGUAGCACCUACGAUCGAAGAAGGCCAAAUCGACGAUUUGCCGAGCAUGAAAAUCAACGGCGGCUUUCUUUGUCCUUUGCACGCCGCUCGCGCGCGUUCGCCGGCAUGUCCUUAAUUGUGGCCGUUCAGUCAGAAACUCCGUUUCCCGCGCACGCAUUUAACUCGCGGAUGUACACUGUGGAACGUGAUAAACAAAUGAUAUAUCGAACAAGUGGUUUGCAUCAUCGGUGAAAAAAUUAUUACAUUGGAAUUAUUCAUUUGUGGUAGCAAUAUAGAAACAGCAGUGGCAAGUAUACGUAUUAGCUUUUCCAAUUAAGAUAAUUAAUACGAUUUGUAAAUUACAUGUGGAAUUAUGAAAAUUAUUAUUAAUAAUUUACUUGUGUACGUGGCUACAGCAACUACAUGCGAAAAAUCGAUUUCUAAAGGGCCGGUAAAUCUUCUUCACACAUGCGCGAUCUCUCCGGCGAAGCCGAAACUCCUCUAAGACCGCGCCUAGAGAAGCCACGGUCGAGAAGAGAGAGCAACCAUCGUCGUCCCACGGAACGUCAGUUCCGGCGCGUUUAAACGGUGAAAGUAGCAUUUUGACAAAAGGUAAAAUUUACGUAGAAACGACAGUGUCACCCGGCGUCGUCGUCACCGUCGCAGGUGGCGAGCGUGAAGGCAACGCAUCGUCAUCGUCAUCAUCAUCGCCUUCGUCGUCGUCAUCGUCGUCGGCCGGACCGAUUGUUACGAGCGCUGUGCAAUUAGCGCGUGACGAGCGGUCUGGAUCUGUUUCUUGUUAUCGUCGUUCCGCUGGCUCAUCGUCGUCGUCUCUCGCCGUACUCGCACGGACACGCUUCCAGAAAUCGUCGCCGAGGGAGAACGACAAUGUCCGUUCAAUUAACGUGCACGAUCAACGAGAAUGAUCGAUGAUCGAAUUUACCGAUCCGCCACUCGCGUCGCUUUCUCGGUCAGUCGCGAGGAAAAGACCGCGCGCGGCUCCUUCAUCGUCGAGACAGAGUUGAAUGGAUCCGAUGGCGAUCGGCGCCGAUCCUGCAAGAUCGACGAGAGGACGCGUACGAUCUGGUCUGGUUGCUAAUACUUCGGAUGUGUCAGACAUGUCUCGAAUUACCGGCUGGCAUUUUUGCACGGCGCGGCGUAAGUGUGCCUGAUAGACACGCUGAUAAGCGGGAAAGCGCAAUUGUGAAUAACUCGUCGAAGUGAUUGUUUUAGCCGGACCGAUCACGAUUCACGAUGAUUCGUCAAUAACGGAAACGACUCGCGCGAUGAGAGAAAAAGAAAGAGAAGUGCACGGGGAUGCACGACUGGCAACCUGAUCGGCGAUCGAUGAGCGGACGAUGAAUAACGUCAAAGUGUCAGCUUGGAUCCGAGUUGAAGCCCUGAAGCCGAGUUAGACCGCUUGAUAUUAAAUCAAACGCGAUCUUCGAUACAUUCAAUACCAGUAUCUGAUAUUCCCAAGCGGAAUAACUGUAAGAAGAACAACGCGUCGUUGCAACGGUGUGAGCGAAGCGGGAAAUUUUCAUAUCAAUCGCGCAGGUGGAGACUAUCAAGAUUGUUGAAGAAGCAAACACCUCGGGAACCGCUAUUUCUCAGUGCCUCGCGUAAGAAAUCCUAACCGCGCACCUUGCGCUCAAAGAUACACCACUUCGGUCGGAGGCCGAUGGAUGCGAUGGACUCGUUCGUCCCAUCGAUCAUCGAUCGUAGCCGGCGCGGUUGACCUCACCUCCUAUUGUGUCCAUUGUGUUCCAAGAACGAUCGUUAUCCAGGAGAAGGUGAGAGAAGGAAGCGUGGGGAACUUAGCUCGUGGGAUAGCGAUUGAAGCAAGAUGGAGGGACUUCGCCAGGAGCUGGACAGAAAGGAAGAGAAAGAGAGAGAAAGACGCGCGUUCGCCAGGAGAGAGGGAGAGGCAAUGUGGCGCCCGUUCUCCGAGAACUGUUGACCAAGCCGCGAGAGUGGCAAGAACGGAACACGCGGGACGGCGCCGAGGAUCGGAGGAGGACGCAAAAUGGACCAAGCCACGACGAAGUGGGGAUCUGGAUUAAAAGCAAACCAGGGCAACGUCUCGGCGACAGAGCCAUCUCGGACCUUGGACGAGUCGAGGCCGCGACUCGUUUACUCCACUUCCGUUUUCCUCAUUCCGGCUGCAUAACGUUCCAUUACUGUUGCUACUGUUACUGCUGCUGCCGCUGCCGCUAUUGCUGUCAUCAUCCUCAUCGUCUUUGCCGGUGAACGUCGUGCGUUCGUAACGGAUUCUUCUCCUAGAAGCGACUGCAAACUCGAACGCCCCGUUGUUCAUGUAAUUAAAGGCGGCGGCGACUUCUCGGACGACCGACACCGGACACGAUGAUGCCGAGGAGAGCGAUGUGCCUGCUCCUGACGAUCUUGACGUUGGGAGGAUCGCAGGGCAGCACGCGGUACUUUGUGAAGAUGAGAACGAAUGCGUCGGAAAUGUUCAAAACAAAGGCCGACAAUCUGCGAAUUCUUCAAGAUCCAGUGGCGAUCACGCCGAAUCCCUUAUACGACAACGUGAGCGAAGGUGAGCGCGAGUCCGAGGAUGAGAGGAGGAUCAAGGAAAUCUCGAGCGAUCAGUACGACCGCAGGAAUUCGUUCGUCGAGACUUCUACCUUUAAUCCAGACGUGCUCAAUAAGUUCUUGGAGGAAUAUGCGAACAAAAUAAAGAGCACCACCGAGAAGAGUUUCAAAUAUCCCUUUAGGAUCGUGAAACCGCCCGCGGAACCGCUCAUCCUCGAGAUCGACGACGAGGAGACGACUGAGACUACGACCGUCCAAGAGGAAGAGAAAUUGGAUCAAAGUGCGAACGCUACUUCGACGGACGAUGCGCUGAGCGAAUCGCUAAACGACACUUUGAAGAGGAACAAAUACUACGGCUCGAGCACCUACGAUGACAGGAACGGCUGGGUGACGCUGGAAGCGAUCCCGUGGUCCAAGAGCAAGAUCUCCAAGUGGCAGGCGAAUCCCACCACGCAACGACCUUGGCCGGAGAUGAAGCCCUGGGAUAAACCGAGCGUGAAACCAUGGGCUGGAGAUUAUUCCAUCAGGCCCACUUAUGAAAAUAACAAACCGUGGUACGACAAGUCGAAGCCCAACUGGGCUGAUAGUAACGAAAAGCCAUGGCAAAAACCGAGCAGUCGUCCUCCCUAUCAACCGGACAAGUACGACACGUCGAACCAGGCGCAAAAGUGGCCGCCAGAACGGCCGUCCUGGAACAAGUACGAUCCGCAUCGUCCUACCAGCGAGAUCAUCACGGACGACAAACCGGCCAACUUUCCCAGCACUUGGUCAUACGUAGGAAAACCAGGAUAUUUUGCUGAUAGAUUCUCGGAGAAGGACCAAUCGGCAGAUGGCAAUAACUGGCACGACUAUCCGAGCAGGUACGAGCAAGAUCGGCCACGACCAACUUUAAUUACCGAGCGACCGAACUUCUCACACUAUCAGUAUGUGAACAAUCAUCCACCAAGUCAUCCAGCGAGCGGUGAUGGUCAGUGGGUCCUGCUGUCGACGAAUCGAGGAUACUCCAAAUCGCGGCAGAGGUCCAUCAAGAUCGACGCGAUGACCUCGGAAGCGCUGAGCAGGAGGAACCACACUACCAAUCAUGGGAACGAAGACAGACAGGAAGAUGCUGCAGUGGUGCCCGUAUUGACCUCGAGGCGGCAGGUCAGAUUGACGGUGUUGCCGUCGAUCAAUGGCACGAACACGACGACGUCCCACGGAGGUCUUCUGGAAGUCGAGAAGACGUUCAAGAGCGUCGAGCAGAGCCGCAAGGAAUACGAGAUGGAGAAGCUGACCGACCUAAACAUCCAGAAGAAAAGACCGAUCAGGAACACUCUCACGCACACUCUAACUAGACAACCGUCAAGUUCGGCCGUUCUGGCAGCCGUUGGAGCAGGUAUGUUACCCGCGACAAUGGCGAUGAUGAUACCGAUGAUGCUAGGACGUCGAAAGAGAGAUCUCGGUCUGCUGGAGCACACCUUGAAGAAUCCUGAUCACUUCGCCGUGAAUUUGCAUGAACUCGCGACUAACUACGACAUCCGACGAAGGAGACCAGUAGGACCGUAGAUGACUCAAAUCGAGAUAGCUGCAUAACUCGAACGACUCACCAGCAAAGGAAGACGAGUGCGCAGCACGUGCAAAUGACAUCAAAGUUUUGAAAUGCCGAAUGAGACUUCAGCGGGCUGGAACCGGAGGCAUCAUAAUAUUGGAUAGCUCGGAGCCCAGAAAUCGGACUCUACUCGCGUCGCGUAGAAUGAGCACAGCUUGAUUGAACGAAAUCGCACGUACAUAUCAUUGGCAUACUCUGCAAGUUGUCGUGUAUUUAUUCGCAGUUCGGCACUCCGUAUCGACGCGAUUAAAUUGCCGUUAUUAACUACUCGAUUGCGCGGAAAAAGACACAAUAUUGAUCUUUUAUCACCGUCCACGAGAAUAUUUAUGAGCCGCGUCUCGAGUUUGAUGAGAAAAACGCAUUGUCACGUCUUAUUAUCUCGGCGGAAAGGAAGAAAUUCGCAACUCACACAUUCGCGAUGAGCGGCUAACGUUUAUCGCCGGCGAACUAAUUGUCGAUCGCGCAAGCGAAGUCGAAUCUCUCACGUUCCGCGCUCGUGAUCUAACGGUUCAGCCACUUGAGAUUAUACAAUCCGCUCACAGAUCCGAGAGUAAAUGCGCGAGUUCUCUUUUCUUGGAGAGCGCGAGGCGCGAAAGAAACAGGCAUAUUCGCAAUAUUUGCAAUAUUUAUUUACAUAACGCAUAUCAGGGUAUUACAUAGAUUUUGUUGCAUACUUAUUUAUUUAUUUAUUCGUUUGUUCUUAACGUUUUGUCGUUUAAUUAUAUAGCGUACUUUACAGAGUAAUAGGUUGCCCAGCGCAAUCGGCUCCUCCGUCUGCGUCCUCGCUCGCCCUCCAGCGAGAGGGUGACGGAGAGAGGGAGGGAGGGAGCAUCAUAGAAUGAUUGUAGAGAGAUUAAGCGACCAUCAAUAAAAGCCUGAUCGAUCCCGGAAA